UGGCGGCCACCAGCGUUUGAACUUUUUCUUUUGGCCCAAAUUUUCCGUCAUUUUUGACUAAGUUGAUGAUUAAUCGUUGGGUUUUCAACAUCGGCUGGUAGAAUAAUGUCCAAGAAACGUGCAAAGAGUGGAUCUGCUGGUGUAGCAAGAUGGGAAAGUGGGCUAGCAUCAACUCCUUUUUGCGACGAUAACUGGAAAGCAAACAUCUAUUUUCUUGCUGGAAAUAAACUAGAGGACAACAGUCAUAUUGAUGUAUUAGGGACUGGAGUGAAUGCAGGAACAAGGAGAUUGUUCAGCUUUUUUUCCAAAGAUGAACUUUAUAAUCAGGUUCGCGAUCUUGGCAAUCCCAAAUCCAAGAAAUCCAAAGAAACACCAGCAAAUUAUGAAGUGUGUGAACCUUGCAAACAGCACCUUGAUGCCGGUGAAGAUAUCCCAUUGCCCUUGCUGGCGAAACUUGUCAAAUUCAAGUUGCUGGCAUGCAAGGACAAUGACAAGAGAAGGAGGGAUGCUGAGAAAAAGGCUGCUGCGGAAAAAGACAAACCUGGUGGUAAGGGAGGGAAGGGAGACAAGAAGGACCGGGCCAAGUCUCCAGGGAAGAAGGGCGGCAAGAAAACACCAGAUCCUCCAUCUGCCAAGAAAGAGAGCAAAUUGAGAAAGCGCGGAGAUGAGGACUUAGACAGCAAAUAUAUUGAUGAUGAGCCUGAUGAUGGUCCAAACCACUAUGUGCUGGUGCAUGGAUUCACUGAGCCGUACUUGAUCACCCUCUUGGACGAGCUGGGCAUCACUGUAGAAGCCAUCAUCAAAGUGAAGUCUCAAGAUUACUCCCAAUUUGAGAAGCCUACAGAUGACCAACAAGUGCCACCACCAGUAGCGGAUGAGGCCGCAGAGGAAGAAAAGCUUCAAAAGUUAAAUGCGGAAAAAGAAAAAGUGCAGACAUUCUGGAGAGACAUCUUACCAAUUCUGCAAAAGUGUGCUCCUCAGUCAAAGCUUCAUGAUCUUGCCAGGUUGGAAUAUGUGGUAAAGAACCUCAUCAUACCAGAAAACAUGGAGGACAAUGAGAAAAAGACCGAGUUUGCUGCCACCCUGUAUGAAGACAUCGCCUGUAUGUGCUAUGACUUGAUUGACUAUAAAAGACAGUACCAUAACUACCUGGAGAAUAUGAAACUGCUUCAAGUUCCUAUUGCUGUCCCUCAAGGAGGAGCAGCCAUGGCAGAGGCUGUAUCAGUUGGAUCAGGCCUGGAUAAGUCUGGAAGUCAAGAGGUAGCAACUGCGGCAACGACCCCCGAGGCAGACAUGAGAUACUACAAUGACUUGAUGAACACUCUACCCCAGGAGAGCAUCAGUGUGGAACUGGUGAUGCAUUGCAUGUUAGAGCAGCUGCAAGCCACUGAAGAAGACCGCCAGCCUCCCAGUGAAACCCCUGCACCUAUCCAUUCCGAUGGCCUGGACUCUCAACUUUCCAGCCAUCUCAACCAGAUAGCUUUCAAACUUGCCCUCUCAAGUGAAGAACAACAGUCUCUAGAACCUGAAAUAGCUGUCCCAACACGUACGCAGGAGAAACUAAAUCAACCCAAGCUUGUGAGCGCCAAUGAUGAUAUUUCCAUCCGGACAGAUCACUUGAAAACAGUUGAUGGUUUCAAUCCUAAAACGGCUGAGAUUACCAUGUUGAAGUAUUUGCCAUUUGCUGGUAUGUCUCACCUGCCUGCGCCUUCAUCCAGGACAGCUAAAGAGAGGGCUGCACGCCUACAGGAACUCAUUCAUUUCUGUGCUACAGGUGGUCUAUCGCAAUCAGAAAUUGACCGAGCAUUCAAGCAGUUUGUCUUUGAGUGCAUGGACCUGACGAGCACAGACAUCAAUGGUUUCAUCAUCACAAAGGAGGGAGAAGGCGCGCACCACUCAGUGAUACCAUGGGACGACCCUUACCCAUUCUUCAAAGGGAUGAUACCAGUCUCAGAGAAGAGGAAGUCAAUCAUAGCAAUGGAAAGCGUCUCGACCAUGUCCUCUGGGGAAAGAUCAGGUGCCAAGUCUCCUACUGGUGAUCUUAAGUCCAAUAGCAACUAUGGAAGUACGGCAGGUUCAAGGUCACAUUCCGCUGAAGGGUCAAGGCCAUCCACCCCUGGCAUUCUUAGGUCAAGGUCAUGCUCUCCAAACAGACCAAAGUCUAGAGGAAGUCAGGCGUCAGAUGAUAAUAUAUCAGACAGGAAAAUUUCCCUUGGUGGAACAAUGCAUUCUGUGAGAUUUGGUAACGAUCAUGAGGGUGCACCACUUGAGCCAUUAGCUGACAGCCCUGAGCCUGACAAAACACUUGAGGAGUCUAUGAACGAGGUUGUUAAUGCUGAGAAGAGGAAUCUAGACCAGUGGUGCUUUGCUGAACACUAUGAACCAGAACUUCUUCUCCAGGUGUUGAGGAAGGCCUCAGAGCGUCUCCCAUACGUCGACACAUACUAUCAUAAGCGUGAUCAUACCCUCAUGAUCUGCCUACACAAUCCCCACAGUGCUGAACUACAGAGUUAUGUGGAUUGGGAGAGUAACCUCCAUUCUAAUGUUGGAUUCAGGAAUUACCUUGAGCAUGUGUCCGAGUCAAUAUCUGAAUGGACAACUGCAGAGGAAGCUAAAUUCCAGGCGGAAUUGUUACGUCGUGAGCUGGAGAAACUACAGAAGGAGGAAGAAGCAGCGUCAUCACGUCCGAAUUCUGGCAAGAAAAGUCGUCAGAGAUCUAAAUCUCCUAAGAAGUCAUCCUCAAAGAAGGGCUCACGUUCGUCCAGUCAAGAGAGAGCCGAGACGCCGUCUGAUCCGUUUGUUCGGGCCAACAGUCUGAAGGCUCUGAAGGUGGAACAAGAUAGGAUCAGAGCAGAAGAAGAGGCCAAAGAAAGAGAGAAAGAAGACAAGAGGGCUAAGUCUGCACAGAAAAAGGCAAACAAGGAAGCUUUGGAGAAGGAGAAAGCUGAAAAAGAAAAGAAAGACAAAGAGAAGCGACCGGGUUCUCGUGGAAGUGCCAAGUCGAGGAAGUCCAGCCGCAAUGAAAAUAAAGAUGAUCUGGACAAACAACCAGAAGAACCACAGGAAGAGGAACCAUACUGGCCAUUCCAUGGCUAUGAUGUUGGCAAUGAUCUCAUCCAUGCGUCAGGUUCUAUCUCGACACUGUUCCCAGCUGAUGGAGGCCAGAUCAGGACGGAAAGGACAGACUUCGUCCAAGGUUCCUCCGUCGUCAAGACAACUGUCCAGAAGGAUGGCCACAUGUUCUGUAUCCAUGUUGUUGACCCGAUUGAGCCUGAUGAGGAUGCUGAAGCCAAUGAGGACGAGAUGAUCAGAAUAGCCACGCCGAGGGAUCCAACACCACAGGGAGAACCUGCGGAUGAGGUGGAAAAGUCUGAACUAGAGAAACCAGAGAAGGAAGAAGAAGCAGAAACAGGAGACCCGGUAGAAGAAGUUUCUGAAGAAGCUGAAGAAAUUAUUGAGAUGGUGCCCCAAGAGCAGCCUUCCAAACCAUGUGUCAGCUACUUCGGUUCCUUCAGUGCAAAGUUUGAGGAUGGCAUGGUUCUUGCGCUGAGCACCUUUGGAGAAAAUGGAGCACCAGAUAUCAAGAAGCCUGAGCCAGAACCAUACGUUCCUCCAAACGUGCCUAGGAGCCCGAGUCCUGGACCAAAUAAGGAUCAGUCCCCCACAAAGGGCAAGCGUGACAAAUCAAGGGAGAAGGCUUCAACACCCGAGCCAUCGUUGCAGGAUGAGGAGGUCAAAGGGGAUGCUCCUGAGGAACCUGCUGCCCCUCCACCGCAGGGAUUCCAACAACUGUUCAUCACUUGUCCAGAUGGCCUCCACGUGCAGUACGGUCUUGAAGCUAGCUAUGGGAUAAAAUCUGAGUGUGAAGAUGGCCUAUCCAGCAUUGUUGUGAGACAGAGUUACCCAUUGAAAUCACGUGGCAUCAAUGAUUGUGAGAAGACGAGACGAGUGCCUGCCAUGCAGGAAGGUAGCAGGAUCAUCACUAAGGAGGGAACAAUUAUCAAGACCAUGGUUGAUGGCACUGCACAGGUGUUGUUCCCAGAUGGCAAAGUCAGCAGCCUGAGUGGUUUUAGCUUGCCUAAACCUGUCAGUCGCAACAGCUCUCCUCAACGUGCCGGUAGUGCCUCUCGUAGUCCACGUGCAGAAGACCGUGAAACCCCUACAAAGAAGGCAAGCAAAGGGCGGAAACCUAGUGGGAAACAGGAGAAGGAAGAAAAGGAGGAGGAAAAGCCAGGAUUCUGGAUGACAACCCUGGCAAGCGGGGAGAGAAUUUCAACCAAGGCUGAUGGGUUGACCAAGUUACCUGCUCAAGAUGUUCCACUUUGUGUGGCUACCGAUCCUGAGACAAGGCAGCGUAUGAUUACUCGCGAUGACCGAGUUAUCAUAGUGGAGCAUCCAGAUGGUACAAUGAUCGUUGAGCACAGUGAAGGCACCCGUAUCACCCGGUACUACAGGAAUACAGAGGUCACCAUCACAGCAGAAGAUGCAGAUGAGACUGGUGAGGAGCCUGAAAUUCAAACUAUUGUUGAAAAGUUCAUCAAAGUCGAAUGUCCAGGAUAUGCAACUAUUGAAUUCAAUCAAGAUACUGGGGAGUGCUUCACACUCUUUGGUUCUGGCAGUUUCAUCCAAACUCUACCAGACGGAUCCUACUUCAUGGACUACCAUGAUGGCGGCAAGCUGGAGAUCAGCGCCGAGGGAACGUCAACAUACAUUCCUAAACCAAACAAUGACCUUGUCUGUACUGACGUAACCCAGGAACUCGUGUACACCAUGCGUCACCAUUCUGAAAUGAUUUGCGAAACCAUAGACAAUGAGAAGAAUGUAUUCGGUGUGAAAUUUAACGGGGAGACAUCCGUAACAUUGGCGAAUGAUAACGACAUACUUUCCUCUUCAUCGGAUGACAUACUUGACAUUAAAACGCCGCCCAAGAGGAUGGUGACAUACAGACAACAUGCGCCGAGAUUCUUUAUAAUGCAUGCUGAUGGUAGCGGUACUGAAAUGCUGCGAUACCAGGAUAUCUCUGAGUAUCUCUCCUUGGCAGAAGCUGAUCCGAAUGUGGCUGUUCUCAAAGAUCCAUUGGCUGAUUAUCCAGGAGUCAUGGGAAUCACCAUCCUAAAACCAGCAGCUAAAGGAAUUUCCGAACAGUGGCUUAAACAGUAUGAUGAACCUACCAUAGUACCAAAUGGAUUGCGUUCUAGGGAUUUGAAAUCAUUGCCUUCUAAGGAGGCUAAGAAGGAGGGCCCAGAAUUUGGCACCACACUUGGACAAGGUCUUGCAGUGGGGUCUGCAGUCAAGCCUCCACCACUCCCAGUUCCACCCAAAUGUCCUCAAGUGCUAGAGUUGAGGCAACUCGUACAGUUCAAACCAGUCACUGAAGAACUAAGAUGCAUUCUUCAGGACGGUCUGAAGGAGUAUGCUGAGUUUGUGAAGCAGAGGUACCAGACAUCAGAGGAGCUCCAGGUGAAGGACCCAAGGAAUGAGGAGGAGAGGAUGAUGGCAUCUGAUCUCAUCUCUGAGGCAUUGCCUGAAGCCAAGGCAGAUGCACUGGCGUCAGACAUCAGUGAUGCCUAUGAAAAGGCAACUGCCCCUCCACUUCCUACCCCACCACCAACUCCUUUACCGAAAAGAACUCAAGCUGACUGGGAACGCGAUGCCAGAGAACUCGCUGAGGAAUCUGAGAAUAGAAACGCUCUCAGACACCACGCCGUACCAUCGUACUUCCACAGUGAGCUCGGCAAGGCGUUUCUCUUGACACGUGCCCCUGAUAUGGAGGCUUUGAUGAAGGAGUUAACAGAUGAUCCUAGGAUUGAAGAGGAAGCUGCCACUCGCAGUGACCACUCUACCCCAGCUUCACCUCAACCUGAAAACACCACUUCCACUGGACCAUCACCCUCAGACACAGCUGUGACUGGCAACACUCCAUCCAAGCUUCGACCAGGCAACCCUACCCCAGGACAUGCAGAGGGCAAGGGCUCCCCGUCACCAAUCAGGCCGAACGCCCCUACCCCUGCUCAUGCUGAUGCCAAGAAAACAGUCCAAGACAGACCAGGUAACCCUACGCCAAAACAUGCUGGAGACAAUAACCAAGCUUCGGAGACACCAUCGAGUCAUUAUCCUAGUAUUCCUGAGAGGCCUGCAGAGGAAGAGAGCCCUGAUGAUGUUUGUGACCCAGAUAAGACAUCACCACGAGUCACCAGCUUGGAAAAGAAUGUGAUCGGCCAGCCACGACAGUAUGUUGUGAAGGUGCCUGCCUACAUCAAGGCUGGUAGGCCCGGGGCACAACCCAAUGGCAAGUUUGCUCAGGUUGAAGAUCCUGUCCGUCGACAGGUGUUCACCUCCUCUGUAGCUGGGGCAACAGAGAAGGGCCACGUCCUCCUGAAGGAUCUUCGAGGAUUUGAACUGCUCCCAGAAAGGGUCGACUUUGGAAUCCUUAGAGAGGGAUACACCUAUCAAUUCCCUGUUCAUCUGAAAAACACUGGCGUGGACUCGUGUCGAUUCAAGCUUAAGCAGCCACCACCAUCAACUGGUCUGAAGGUCCUCUACAAACCUGGUGCAGUUGCUGCAGGCAUGAAGACCACAUUAGCCAUUGAGAUUUACGCCAUUGCUGUCGGUGUGGAAGGAAACAGUGGAGUGGGCGGUGUUGGUCAUGAUCUGGAAAUCAUCACCGAGACAGACAGCCUGAUUCUUCCAAUUGCUGCAACUAUCCUGACAGCAGCAGAGUAUGACAACAGAGAUCCUAAAAAUUUGCAACGAGGCAAGAAGGCUGGUGUACAACUCAUUUCAACCAAGCCACCCGGAGGGCAGGGAGUAAUCAGACCAAGAAAGGAUGAGAUGAUAUGUGUCUGAACUUCUGGAUAUCUCACCUUCAUUAUCAGAGACUAAGCUGAGAGGAAUAUACUGUAUGUAGUCUGCAUUGUACUGGUAAUUGGAGACAAUUGUGAUUCUUAUAUUUGGAGUUGACUUCCUCCUUUCCAUUGUUAUACCAAUAUCUAUUGCUAAAACGCCGUCCAUUUUACCAUGAAAGUCUGAAAUUUGUAUACCGUCCUAAGUACAGAACUGUUUAUUCAAUGCACAUUUAUUGUAAAAAGUGCACUGCUGCACCUCCGAAUCCCUCCAUAUUUUGUAUAAACUGUGAUAUCAAUGUAAAUUGUGUACGUAUGAUAUAUUGAGGUUUUGUUUGUUAGAUAAUAAACAGACUUAUGUAUGAAGGUCAA